AUGGAGAAACAGAAACGCGGCGGUGGAACGCACGAACGCGAGAGAUUGAGGCUCGAAAUUAAGAAGCAGAGCAGCAUGUGUGAUGCCAAAUCGAAUCUAGGCCACGCGACGAUGGCCGCUCUGACGACGAUGGCGGUGUCAGUCGUUCGCGCUAGAGCGCACUUGUCCCAUUCGUUUAUGAGACCUUGUAUUAGUGGCUCUGGCGAUCGUCUCACACAGCUCUUAACUAAAAAAGAUGAUUGGGAUAGAUUUAGAACAUUGCGAUUCGCGUUUCUAUCAGGAUGUUUCAUGGCUCCCACAAUCUUCAGAUGGUAUAAACUAUUGAAACGAUUGAAUCAUCAGGAAGCAUUUGUGCUCAAAAAAGUUGUUCUCGACCAGUGCCUCUUCAGUCCGAUGAUCAAUGCUUGUAUGCUGUUCAACUUGAAAGCAUUGGAGACAUUCUCAAUAACCAAAGCGAAGGACAACGUCAAAAAGCACUGGCCUCAGAUUUACGGAGAUAGUCUGAAAGUGAGUCUGCCUAUUGUAGCGUUUGUCAAUUUCUGCUUUGUUCCCGUCAAUUAUAGAGUUCUUGUCAAUCAGUUAUUCGCUUUCUUCUGGAAUGCGUACAUCUCCUUCAGAACUCAACGUCCGGAUCUCAUUGAACAAGUUUAUUGA